CUGUUGUUAACUCGUCAUUUCGCAAGCGCCAUGAUCAUCUACGUUCGCUCGAAGACCACCCACGUCGUGGAGAACGCCGAGGAGCAUACCGUAGGAGACGUCCGCUUCUGCCUCUGCCAGGCCGAAGAGCUGCCCCUGGAGGAGGUGAGGCUGUACGCCGCGGGGGCACUCCUCGACGACGACAGCUUCCCCCUCGCCGACCUGAGCGUCGACACCAUCGAGGUCAACGUUGCCCUCAAGGGAGGGAAGGUCCACGGCUCCCUGUCCCGCGCCGGGAAGGUCAAGAGCCAGACCCCCGUGGUGGAGAAGAAGGAGAAGAAGAAGGCCAAGACCGGCCGUGCCAAGCGCAGGGCGCAGUACGAGCGCCGCUUGUCCCUCGCGAGCGUGGUCCGCUCGGACAGCAAGCGAGGCCCCAAUGCCCAGGGAGUCUCCAAGACGUAGUGAGCGCCGUGUCCGUGACUUUGGCCGCUGAGAGCCAGUGACUCCCUCGUAUAGAGUGCGACCCCAGUGCCCAGGGACUACAAUACGCAGUGAGAGAAAGCAGGAUGCUGCAUUUGGUUCUUAAAAAGGAACUUUUUUGAGCUUGAAAAAAAAAA